AUGUCGUUGUCCAGUCGAGAGUCCCUACUGCGGGCUCAAUCGCUCUGCCGCAAUUGCCUCAAACGUGGUCAUCUUGCUCGAGAGUGUGCAUCGAAGUUCUCUUGUCGGUAUUGUAAGGCACGACACCACUCCUUGCUGUGCUUCAAGGCAGGAGACGCCAACGGUAGCCAAGGAUCAUCAGGGAAGGCGAAUCUAGGAGAUAGCGCUAAGCAGGACGGUACAGGUGCGAUUUCGAAGGCAGCGAAUGCCUCAGCGGUUGAAUCUACUUCUUCCAACGCGGCACAGUGCGUCUCAUCUCAGGUUCUCCUAGCUACAGCAGUCGUAGUGAUCGAAGACGACCAAGGUUCUCGCUAUCCAGCACGAGCGCUACUGGAUUCAGGGUCGGAAUGCAACUUCAUCACCGAGAAUCUCUACCAGACGAUGAAGGUAGCGGUUAAAAGGACGGUCAUUUCGAUUAUGGGCAUCGGUCAAUCAAGCACUAAGGCAUCUCGCAAGAUCGAGGCGGUCGUCAAAUCUCGAAACUCUUCGUACGCUCGAUCGAUGGAAUUUCUCGUUCUACCGAAGGUCACAGCUUGCCUACCAACCUCUACAGUUCAGGCAAAUGGAUGGAAUAUACCGGUAGACAUCGAAUUAGCAGAUCCGGAGUUUUUCCGGUCAAGAAAGGUCGACUUGGUGUUAGGGAUCCAAGCUUUCUUCAGCUUCUUUCCAACCGGAAGGGAAAUCCAACUUGGAAAAGGUUUACCUGUGCUGACCGAGUCUGUAUUUGGGUGGAUAGUGACAGGCGUCACUACAGCAAGUCAGGGUACCAAGUACACUUGCAAUAUGGCAGUCUCGGACGAUCUGGAGGAACUAAUGGCACGGUUUUGGUCCUGCGAGGAAGUGGGAGCCGUCAGCAAAUUCUCUCCAGAGGAAGCGCACUGCGAGGAGAACUACGAACGGACAGUCAAGCGGGAAUCGGACGGACGGUACACGGUCACCCUCCCCAAAAACCCCGAAGUUUUGGCGGAAAUCGGGGAAUCGAAGGAUAUUGCUCUGAGACGGCUGCGAGCGGUAGAACGAAGGUUGUCCAAGGAUGAGCGGCUUCAGAAGCAGUACAGCGACUUCAUGACUGAAUAUCUAGAGCUCGGUCACAUGCGAAUGGUGAAUGACUGCGAGGAGAAUAGAGUCAAGCGUUGUUUUCUACCCCACCACCCGGUGAUCAAGGAGUCUAGCACAACGACCAAGGUGAGAGUGGUCUUCGACGCUUCGUGUAAAACGUCUACGGGUGUAUCACUCAAUGAUGCACUGUAUGCUGGACCAGUCGUUCAGCAGGAUCUCAGGUCGAUCGUUCUCCGUAGUCGGAUUCGUCAGGUGAUGGUGGUAGCUGAUGUGGAAAAAAUGUUUCGGCAGAUCUGGACGAAUUUGGAAGACACUCCUCUACAAUGCGUUUUGUGGACGUCACCAGAUGGGAAGGUAUCCACAUACGAACUUCUAACUGUGACGUACGGCACCAAAUCUGCCCCAUAUCUCGCUACUCGGACCUUGAAACAGCUGGCGUCCGAUGAGCGGGACAGGUUUCCUCUAGCAGCACCAACCAUCGAAGAGGACGUGUAUAUGGACGACGUUAUCUCUGGAGCAGACGACGUCGAAUCGGCGAUCGAAUUGAGAAGGCAAGUCGACGCAAUGAUGAUCAGCGGUGGAUUCAAACUGCGAAAGUGGGCUUCCAACCGCCCGGAAGUACUACAAGGCAUUCCAAGGGAAAAUCUGGCGUUACCUGAUUCGGACGGCAUUGAUUGGGACCAGGAUGCAGAGGUGAAAGCAUUGGGCUUAACAUGGCUUCCCAACGUAGAUCAAUUCCGUUUCAAGUUCGAAAUUUCUCCAAUCACCGAGCAUCAGAUCCUCACGAAACGACAGGUGCUGUGUUUUAUAGCGAGACUUUUCGACCCACUAGGCCUGCUUGGAGCGACCAUCACUUCUGCGAAGAUCUUCAUGCAGCGGCUUUGGUGUCUAAAGAACGAACAAGGUCAGAAUCUUCAAUGGGACGACCCACUACCCGAAAUGGUGGGUGAGGAAUGGCGAACAUUCCACCAGCAACUUCCUUCGCUGAACAAAAUUCGGAUUCCACGAUGCGUCAUCGGUUCAGAUUCAGUAUCCGUAGAAUAUCACUGUUUCUCAGAUGCCUCAACAGUCGCUUACGGUGCGACAAUCUACGUUCGGAGCCAAAGAGACGAUGGCGCGGUUUCGGUUCACCUUUUGACCUCGAAAUCAAAGGUGGCACCCCUCAAGGUGCAGUCUCUACCUCGGUUGGAGCUCUGCGGCGCACUUUUGGCAGCUCAACUUUGGGAAAAGGUAGCAGAAUCGCUGAAAACAGAUGGCCGAGUUCAAUUUUGGACGGAUUCGACAUGCGUACUGCAUUGGAUAAGGUCACCACCGGGAACAUGGACAACUUUCGUCGCGAAUAGAGUUGCGAAAAUUCAAGGUUUGACGGAAGCAGGUCAAUGGAGACACGUUCCUGGAAUUACAAACCCUGCUGAUCUGAUCUCGCGUGGAAUCUCGCCGAACAACAUCAUUGGGAACGAUUUGUGGUGGUAUGGGCCUACCUGGCUGCUGGAUACUCCUGAAAAUUGGCCCAAACCCGUGGAGAACACCCCAGAAGAAGAGUUGGAGAAACGACACAAUGUGAUGGCUUGCGCUUCGUCGAAAGAAAUUGGGUUCAUUUCGGAUCUUUUAUCAAGGUUUUCAUCGUUUACGAGGUUAAUACGGAUGACCGCAUACUGGUUGCGCUUCCUGAACAACUUACGGUGCUCAGCGGAUGUGAAACGGACAGGAUUUCUAUCUAGUUUUGAACUACAAGCUGCGGAGCAGGUGAUCAUUCGGAAGGUUCAGGAGGAGUCGUUCCCAGAGGAGAUCAGCAAGUUGUCGGUUGGCACACCUGUGGCACGAAAUUCCCCUCUGCGAUGGUUCAAUCCUCGAAUGGACGAAAGAGGCAUCUUACGGGUCGGUGGUAGAUUAACUCAUUCUGCAGAGCCGCCGCAAACGAAACAUCCGAUUGUCUUACCGGCGAGACACGCUUUAACUGAGUUGAUUCUUCGCCAUUUCCAUCAAAUGUACCUGCACGCCGGGCCCCAAUUACUACUAGGUACAGUUCGGCAACGGUACUGGCCACUAGGAGGCAGAAACUUGGCAAAAAAGGUCGUUCAUCAGUGUCAACGAUGCUUCCGUGCAAAACCGUCCGUAAUUCAGCAGCAGAUGGGAGAACUGCCGGCUGCCAGAGUCACAGUUUCACGUCCGUUCUCAAAAACUGGCGUAGAUUACUUUGGUCCUGUGUAUCUGCGAGCUGGUCGAGGACGAAAACCGACCAAGGCGUAUGUCGCAAUCUUCGUGUGUAUGGCCACGAAGGCCGUGCAUAUGGAAUUGGUGUCAGACCUGUCUACGGAGCGGUUUCUACAGGCUUUGCGACGUUUUUUUGCACGCCGGGGGCGCUGCACCGAUGUCUACUCAGAUAAUGGGACGAAUUUUGUGGGAGCGAGGAACCAAAUGCAGGAGCUAUUCCAGUUGCUGAAAAACAAGGCACAUCGCUGGCUGAACCUGGAAAAUGUGUUUCUCUUCCAGUCGCAGCAACCCGCGCACAUACACACAGCCACACGGCACAACGACACAGACGUGCGGUGUGGAGAAGCUCGGAGCAAAGCAAACCAUCAUCCUAAAAGCCAGACCACCAUUCAUGCCUACUACGAUCUCGGGCCCUGGUACGAAAGGUACGGGGUAAAGCCAAAAUGCAAUGAUGAUGAUGAUGGCCACCCGAAGAACAAGCGAACGAACCAUCCGACGGCGAAGAACGGCGAGGACGUGGCCGAGGAAAGGAUACACCGACACACACACAGCUACACGUUCGGCAGCGGAUGGUAUGGUGGUGCGGUGAAAUGCACUCAUACUCCUGCCUGCGCGCAUAUGGUCUCGGUCUGGUCAGGCCAUGGCCCCAUUCCAACAGGAGCGAGCGCGUACAUGACGGAUGGUAAGACGGGAACACUGGUGUGGUGA